AUGGCAAUCCAAUUUCUAUUCCUCAUAUCAAGACAGGGCAAAACCAGAUUGUCCAAAUGGUACGAGACCAUGCCGCAGAAACAGAAAUCCAAAAUCAUACGUGAACUAUCAACAAUCAUCUUAUCACGAAGGGCCAAGAUGUGCAAUGUGUUGGAAUAUAGAGACUCAAAAGUCAUCUAUCGUCGAUACGCGUCCUUAUUCUUUGUCAUUGGAAUAGACAAUGACGAUAACGAGCUUUUAGGAUUGGAAAUCAUUCACCGAUUCGUGGAACAGAUGGAUAAAGUUUACGGUAAUGUGUGUGAGUUGGAUAUCAUUUUCGGCUUUGAUAAAGCGUACCAUGUACUUGAUGAGUUGUUGAUUGAUGGGCAUAUUCAGGAGAGUUCCAAGAAGGAGGUUUUGAAGCGGGUGGGGCAGCAGGAUGAGUUGGAGAAUAUGGAUGAGUUUGAGAAGAUCCUAGCUUGA